GAGAUCCGUUUAGCCAGCUCAUUACCGUGAAGCAACCGGCUUCACUGGCCACCUUUUUUUCGGGGUCGGGGGCGACACGGUCGUCUCCCCCGCGCCGAUUCACUUGGUUCCGUCCGCGGGGUAUCCAGCAGAACCAAGAUGGCGACCUGAGCAGCGACGUCCACAACUUCAACGUCUACUCAGGUCGGGUUUGCGUGCGUGUUUUGGUGCACCGGUUGCUUCUGGACUUCAACUGCCGGCUGCCGGUUCCAUCUGGAAUACUGAAGUUGCAUGGCAGUAAGAGGGGGUCCUUCCUGGAGCACAGACCCCCUCAUGCAGACACCCUUGAAGAGCCAGCCUGAAAGGUUGUGAACAUUAGGAGACCUUCUGGUGAGGACCUCACCUGAUCUCAAGACUGCGCGUGUAGUGGUGGAUUUGACUUCCCAAACCCUCCGAUGAGGGUCCAUAAGGAUCCACCGCUGUGUCCCUGAGAGGUGCCACGGUCACAUGUGCUGCAGGUGGACGGACGAUGCUGGCCAUGGUGACCUAGUGUAAAUGGCUGUUCUCCAGCACACCUCAGUGCCAGUCUCUACUGUUAGGUCCUCCUCUCACCCUCGCUCCCCCCUCGUGCUCCUCCCUGCUCUCUGCUGUCACUUGCCUCCCCCUCCCACCGUCCUCUUUGUCCACCAUGGUCGGAGCAGGCUGGAGCGUGUGGAAGUUUUCAAGAGGUAUCCGCCAGCUGGAGCUCCACCGCCUCAUCCUGGCUCUGAUCAUCUUCUGCGUGCUCUCCAUGGCCUUCCUUGCUUACUAUGUCUCCAACAAUCCCAAAAUCAAAGAGGCCCCCCCCUUACCCUUCAGUGACUGCGAUGGAGGGGCGAUGCCUCCGGGCGAGAGCGUGGGGACGGUGGGAGAAGGACCUGGCGUCCAGAGGGCGCCGCUCUUCCUCCCCCCGCGCCACGGCCGACCGCGGCUGGUCAAGGCGGUGGACCGUUCCCGGACAGAGCCAGUGGUCCUGGUAUUCGUGGAGAGCAUCUACUCCCAGCUGGGUCAGGAAAUCGUAGCGAUACUGGAGUCCAGUCGUUUCCACUACAGGACGGAGAUCGCCCCUGGCAAAGGAGACAUUCCCACCCUGACAGAGCGGAACCGAGGACGCUACACACUCAUCAUUUACGAAAACCUUCUAAAAUAUGUCAAUCUGGACGCUUGGAACCGAGACCUGGUGGAUAAAUACUGUGCUGAGUACGGGGUCGGGGUCAUCGGCUUCUACAAGGCCAACGAGAACUCUCUGCUGAGUGCUCAGCUCAAAGGCUUUCCUCUGUUCCUCCACUCGCACCUGGGACUCAGAGAUUACCGCAUCAACCCCCACGCCCCCCUCCUCUUCAUCACCAAGCCCAACCAGGUGGAGCAGGGUCCUCUGCCCGGGGAUGACUGGACCAUUUUCCAGUCCAACCACUCCACCUAUGAACCAGUCCUUCUGGCCAGCACCAAGUCCUCGGAUGCGCUGGGCAAUUUUGGACCCGGUACUUCGCGAGCCUUCCAUGCCACUGUGGUCCAGGACCUUGGACUCCACGAUGGCAUUCAGAGGGUUCUGUUUGGAAACAAUCUCAACUACUGGCUCCACAAACUGAUCUUUGUCGACGCCAUUGCUUACCUGACGGGAAAGAGGCUGUGUCUGUCUCUGGACCGACACAUCUUGGUGGAUGUGGACGACAUAUUUGUGGGCAAGGAGGGGACGCGCAUGAAAGUGUCAGACGUGGAGGCUCUACUCAACACACAGAACAAGCUGCGAGUCCUCGUCCCCAACUUCACCUUCAACCUGGGCUUCUCUGGAAAGUUCUACCACACAGGCACGGAUGAGGAGGACCGAGGCGACGACACGCUGCUGGAGCACAGGAACGACUUCUGGUGGUUCCCUCACAUGUGGAGCCACAUGCAGCCGCACCUCUUCCACAACGUCAGUGUACUGGCCGAGCAGAUGAGGCUCAACAAGGCCUUUGCUCAGGAACAUGGCAUCCCGACAGACAUGGGCUAUGCUGUUGCCCCGCAUCACUCUGGGGUCUAUCCGGUUCACAGCCAGCUCUACGAGGCCUGGAAAUCUGUGUGGGGCAUCAAGGUGACCAGCACGGAGGAGUACCCUCACCUCCGACCUGCUCGCUACCGCCGAGGCUUCAUUCACAACGGCAUCCAGGUGUUGCCCAGACAGACGUGUGGACUCUUCACACACACCAUCUUCUAUAAUGAGUACCCAGGAGGCUCCAAGGAACUAGACAAGAGCAUCAGAGGAGGAGAGCUCUUCCUCACUGUCCUCCUCAACCCUAUCAGUAUCUUCAUGACUCACCUCUCCAACUACGGCAAUAACCGUCUGGGCCUUUACACCUUCGAGUCCCUGGUCAAGUUUGUCCAGUGCUGGACCAACCUGAAGCUGCAGACGCUGCCGCCGGUGCGCUUGGCAGAGAAGUACUUCCAGAUCUUCCCAGAGGAGAGAGACCCCCUCUGGCAGAACCCCUGUCAUGACAAGAGACAUAAAGACAUCUGGUCCAAAGAGAAAACCUGCGACCGUCUUCCCAAGUUCCUGGUCAUCGGACCUCAGAAAACAGGCACCACGGCUCUACACUCCUUCCUCAGCCUGCACCCGGCCAUCACCAGCUCCUUCCCCAGUCCCACCACCUUCGAAGAGAUCCAGUUCUUCAGCGGCGGCAACUAUGACAACGGCAUUGAUUGGUACAUGGACUUCUUCCCGUUCCCCUCCAACGUCAGCACCGACUUCAUGUUUGAAAAAAGUGCCAACUACUUCGACACGGAGGCUGCCGCCAAGCGAGCUGCGGCUCUGCUUCCCAGGGCCAAGAUCCUGGCGGUGCUCAUCAACCCCUCUGACCGGGCCUACUCCUGGUACCAGCACCAGCGAGCCCACCAGGACCCGGCCGCCCUCAACAACAGCUUCCACGCCGUGGUGACCGCAGAGCCAUCGGCCGCCAGAGACCUGCUGACCCUCCAGAGACGCUGCCUGAACCCAGGGACCUACGCCACUCACCUGGAGCGCUGGCUGCUGCACUACCAGCCGAACCAGCUGCACAUCGUGGACGGCGCUCUCCUGCGCUCCAAUCCUGCCCUGGUGAUGGACGGCAUCCAGAGGUUUCUCGGGGUCACGCCCAUCUUCAACUACACUCAGGCUCUGAUGUUCGACGACAGCAAAGGGUUCUGGUGCCAGCGGCUGGAAGGAGGCCGCUCCAAGUGUCUGGGCAAGAGCAAAGGCCGGAAGUAUCCUGAGAUGAGUCCCGAGUCUCGUGCCUUCUUGGCCGAGUUCUACCGUGAUCACAACCUGGAGCUCCUGCAUCUGCUGAACCGACUGGGUCAACCGUUGCCGUCCUGGCUGCGACAAGAGCUCCAGAGCACCAGCUGGAGUUGAGCCCUCACAGAAGCGCAAGACUGAAGUCUGGACCGCCUAGGCCGGAGAGGCAGCGACACACACUCACUCACUCACACACACUGAGCUGUGGCUGGAGCUCAGUGCUGGGCGGUUCUGGGGUGAGCUGGGCACAUGAUGGUGACUGAGGCACAUGAUCUUCCACAGCUCAGUGUGACACGGUCAUCCUUUUUUGAACGGUUGUAAACAGUCAGGGGGCGGAGACUCACUCACGCGCUCAAGUGCCAAACACUAUCAGACUCUUAUGAACUUCAGGGGGCGCCCUCCCCCCGCCUCCGUGGAGGUUCUGAAGCAGACGGUGUAAAUAUGAGGUGUUUGUCUCAGCUGCUCGCCUCUUCUCUGGUCUGGCUUGGCGUCAACCCACAGAGAGGUCUUCCAGCUCCCAGGUCCUGAUCGUUCUUCAAACCGAACCAUGUGACCCAUCAGAUAAGCAGACUCAACCGAGAUCUUCCUCUAGUGGCCACUGAACAAAAGACUAAACCUAUUAUCGGAUUAGUCCUGAAGUUUCUGUGGUCUGGAAUGCACAGUGGUGUCAUGACCUCCAGUCAGAAGAGACGGCGUCCUGCUCUAUGCAACCUUCUCUGACACAUUCCCUCCUGGACUGCUGGAACCCAAAAUCGCCUGAAGGUGUCGAGUUCUGCGGGUCACUGUAACCGGGUCGGACCUGGUGGAAGCUGCUGAGGCUGACGGAGGAUGUGGUGGACCAGAGACACGAGGAAGCAGAUGUUGUGCUGUCGGCUGAGAGCUGAGCCAGAAGCUGCUGUCGUCUCUGUUUUGUAAACACGUCAGAAGGCCAACACUGUAUCUUCUCUAAUAAAUGUAGAGUUGGACACUAUCG